AUGGAAGAGGAGCGCCAGGGGGUUGCACCGGCUGCGACUCCUGGAGCGUCCGCGGAGCCAAAGUUCGUCGCUGCUGAAUCCGCCGCUGGAAAUAUUAGCCGCCCGCACCACGCCGCCGAAAACGAGGACGAGGGAGAGGACGAGGGCGAGGGCAAGGGCGAAGGCAAGAGCAAGGGCAAGGGCAAGGGCGAAGGCAAGAGCAAGGGCGAAGGCAAGAGCAAGGGCAAGAGCGAGGGCGAAGGCAUGAGCAAGGGCAAGGGCGAAGGCAAGAGCAAGGGCGAAGGCAAGAGCAAGGGCGAAGGCAAGAGCAAGGGCAAGGGCGAAGGCAAGAGCAAGGGCAAGGGCGCGUCACAGAAUAUCGUCUUGGCGUCUGGCCGAUGA